CGAGAUCACCCCGAAUGAAUCUUACAACUAGGCCGCGACGCCUUAGACGAAUAUCGAUCUCGUUCUAUCUGUAAGCACUAACAACAUUGAUGCUCCGGACGGCGCUAGCGGGUCGUCGAGUGACAUAAAAGCUCUGUAGUCGAACGCCUUUCUCCGAUCGACACGUGUGUGGGUGGCCUGGUUUGCGAUGCCUUGCUUGAUAAUCACGGGACAUCCGUCGGCGGGCAAAACAACCUUGGCGCAUCUCUUUGCCGAGCGCGCACGCGCCCGUAAUCUCGCAUGUCUCAUCAUCAACGAGGCAUCCACCAGUCCCGGUCGAACACAAGCGGCGUGCUACGCCACUUCUUACGAUGAGAAGAAGUCACGGGGCGCUCUCAAAGCUGCCUUUGACCGGGCCGUCGCGGCAUCCCGCGAGACCAAUACUCUCGUCAUUCUCGAUUCACUCAAUUAUAUCAAAGGAUUUCGCUACGAACUGUAUUGUAUCAGUAAGGCUGUUGGUGAACGACACGGUGUCAUCUGGGUCUUGAAUGACGUUUCUUUGGUACAACAGUGGAAUGCACUUCGACGGCAGUCCAGUGCCGAUAGUGAGGCAUUCUAUAGUGAUGCGCUGCUGCAGGAACUGAUGCAAAGGUACGAGCCACCGGACAGUCGCAAUCGCUGGGAUCAGCCUCUGUAUCGAGUUGAUGUCCGACCGGCCGAGUUGCGUAAAACUGGACUCGCCUUGAACUUGUUGGAAAAGUCGCCUUUGUUGGAAGGUAUGUCCACCAAGCAGCAUGCGGCCAGUGAUGCAAACACUUUGAACAACGUAGACUCGGUCAGUCAAGAAAUAUGUACACUGAUAUCAGCUGCACAAAACAAGUCGACUUCGGCAGGAGGAAAGCUGCCCAUCCCGAUUUAUGGUACAACUCUUUAUUUCCAGUGUGCACGGAGAAUUCCUCCGACGGAGAUAAAACGACUUCGUCGGCAAUACAUUCUAUGGAUAGCAGGGCAUCCUCCCGAGGAUUCCUCGGAAAGAGGUAUUGCCCAGUCAUUCCUGGAUUAUAUUCAGGCACAAUGA